UGUAGUUUGUGGCCUCCCGUGGUUCCGGGGUUAGUUUCUUCCUUCAGAUCCGGGAACUGAGCGCUAUGGCUGAGGUGAAGGUGAAGGUGCAGCCCCCUGACGCCGAUCCGGUCGAAAUUGAAAACAGAAUUAUAGAAUUAUGCCACCAGUUCCCACAUGGAAUCACAGAUCAAGUAAUUCAGAAUGAAAUGCCUCAUAUAGAAGCCCAACAACGGGCAGUGGCCAUCAAUAGACUGUUGUCUAUGGGUCAAUUGGAUCUCUUAAGGAGUAAUACUGGUCUUUUAUAUAGAAUAAAGGACUCUCAGAAUGCUGGGAAAAUGAAGGGAUCAGAUAACCAAGAAAAACUAGUAUAUCAAAUCAUAGAAGAUGCAGGAAAUAAAGGAAUAUGGAGCAGAGAUAUUCGAUACAAAAGCAACUUGCCAUUAACAGAAAUCAACAAAAUUCUAAAGAAUUUGGAAAGUAAAAAGCUUAUCAAAGCUGUUAAGUCUGUAGCAGCCUCCAAAAAGAAAGUAUAUAUGCUGUACAACCUGCAGCCAGAUCGGUCUGUGACUGGUGGUGCCUGGUACAGUGACCAGGAUUUUGAAUCUGAAUUUGUAGAGGUGCUUAACCAACAGUGUUUCAAAUUUCUACAAUCCAAGGCAGAAACAGCACGAGAAAGUAAGCAGAAUCCAAUGAUACAAAGAAAUAGCUCAUUUGCUUCCUCCCAUGAAGUGUGGAAAUAUAUCUGUGAAUUAGGGAUCAGUAAGGUAGAGUUGUCCAUGGAGGACAUUGAAACCAUCCUGAAUACACUCAUUUAUGAUGGGAAAGUGGAGAUGACUAUCAUUGCUGCAAAAGAAGGCACAGUUGGCAGUGUAGAUGGACACAUGAAACUGUACAGGGCCGUCAAUCCAAUCCUCCUACCUACGGGUUUGGUCCGGGCACCCUGUGGUCUCUGCCCGGUUUUUGAUGACUGCCAUGAAGGUGGUGAGAUUUCACCAUCUAAUUGUAUUUAUAUGACAGAAUGGCUUGAAUUUUAAUAUUU